UCUUGUUUAAUUUCAUCUCAAAUAAUUAAUAAUAAAUUUAAUUUUAUCUCAAAUGAUUGAUAAUCAAUUUUUUUUGAGGUGAAAUAAUAAUCAAAUUUUAAGACCAAAAUUCUAAUUUCAAGCCACUAAAUCACAAUUUCAUUUAUCUCGACAUGGUCACCGUCUUCCAACCGUCGGCAUAAUAAUGGACUUUGUUAAUAUCGUCGUCUACACACUCAUAAGUCUCGUCUCAACUACUUCACCUAUCUAUCCAACUAUCUCGCUUUCCCUCUCAAUCUUCAACAGCAAUUUCAAUUUCUUCUCUUAUUUCGUGAUUCGUGAAUCCCUAGAAAUUUGCUUGGCUGUUCUAAUUAAGAUUAAAUUUGGGUUUGAACUUUGAUCAGAAAAGAUGGAUGCUUUUUUGGUGUGCAAAUCUGUUACUGCUCCAUCUAAUGCACCUGGGUUAUGGAUGAGGCAAACCAAGGGAAUCAGGAGAGCUCCAUCUAGUUUGUUAGUUGAGAGCCGGGUCCAUUUUCCGGGACAAGCAGCUCAGGUAUUGAAGAUUAACCAGAAAUCUCGGAAGUGUGGUGGAGCGCUUGCUGCAACUUUAAGUGAUAAAAUUCUGGUAGCAAACAGAGGUGAGAUCGCAGUUCGUGUGAUUCGAACUGCUCAUGAGAUGGGCAUUCCAUGUGUUGCAGUCUACUCAACCAUAGACAAGGAUGCACUCCAUGUAAAACUUGCUGAUGAAUCGGUCUGCAUUGGUGAAGCUCCAAGUAAUCAAUCGUAUUUGGUGAUCCCCAAUGUUCUGUCAGCUGCUGUGAGUCGAGGAUGCAGUAUGCUGCAUCCUGGAUAUGGCUUUCUUUCUGAAAAUGCUGUUUUUGUUGAGAUGUGUAGAGAACAUGGGAUAAAUUUUAUUGGACCAAAUCCAGACAGCAUCCGUGUUAUGGGUGACAAGUCUACCGCUAGAGACACUAUGAAGAAAGCUGGUGUUCCAACUGUUCCAGGAAGUGAUGGAUUGUUACAGAGCACUGAUGAAGCAAUUAAGCUUGCUCAUGAGAUUGGGUUCCCAGUUAUGAUUAAGGCAACUGCAGGAGGAGGAGGCCGUGGAAUGCGUCUUGCCAAGGAACCAGAUGAAUUCGUGAAGUUGCUGCAGCAAGCUAAGAGUGAGGCUGCUGCUGCAUUUGGAAAUGAUGGAGUUUAUUUGGAGAAGUUUGUACAAAAUCCAAGGCAUAUUGAAUUUCAGGUUCUUGCUGACAAAUAUGGGAAUGUUGUUCACUUUGGAGAACGUGAUUGCAGUAUUCAGAGAAGGAACCAGAAGCUGCUUGAAGAAGCUCCUUCUCCUGCAUUGACCCCAGAGAUAAGAAAAGCCAUGGGUGACGCUGCUGUGGCUGCAGCAGCAUCUAUAGGUUACAUUGGUGUAGGAACAGUGGAGUUUCUUCUGGAUGAAAGAGGUUCUUUCUACUUCAUGGAGAUGAACACCAGGAUUCAGGUUGAGCAUCCAGUGACCGAAAUGAUAUCCUCAGUUGACUUGAUCGAGGAGCAAAUUCGAGUGGCUAUGGGUGAAAAGCUCCGCUACAAACAAGAAGAUAUAGUCCUUAAAGGACAUUCGAUUGAGUGUCGAAUCAAUGCAGAAGAUGCAUUUAAAGGCUUCCGGCCUGGGCCUGGAAAGGUAACAAGUUAUUUGCCGGCUGGAGGACCAUUUGUGAGGAUGGAUAGCCAUGUUUAUCCUGGUUAUGUUGUUCCACCAAGUUAUGAUUCUCUACUUGGCAAGCUGAUUGUUUGGGCUCCAACCCGAGAGAAAGCCAUUGCUCGUAUGAAGAGAGCUCUUGAUGAUACAAUCAUUACAGGGGUCCCGACAACUAUUGACUACCACAAACUAAUUCUUGAUAUUGAGGACUUCAAAAAUGGGAAAGUAGAUACUGCAUUCAUUCCUAAGCAUGAACAAGAAUUGGCAGAGCCCCAAAAGACUCCUGGCGCAACUACAGGCAAAGAACUGAUUGGCGCCAGUGCAUAGAAACGGCAUCGAUCAGGCUCACAUGAAGUAGCUGUCUCCAUAUUUACGUCUAUAGAGUUACCCUCUUUUUAGAUCUCGAUAAAUUCCCGUUACUACAAAUUUUUGACUCGGUUUCAAGCAUCGUCAGUCGGUUCUCACAUUGUCGGAUUAGAAGGAAGAAAAGAAGUUAGUUUGUAUGAAUAGGUACUACAAAUUGUUUGCGAAACCAACGAGUUAUAUUGCUAGCUAGCAUUCUGGGAUUUUUCGGAGGGAUUAUAAUUUUAUCAUCCAUAUUGUUGCUUAAGCAAUCAGAUUUAUUUUUUUUAGUGAAAAUCAGGCAAAAAUUUAUAUUAUGCGUAGUA